GGAUUAUACCAACAAAAAUAUGCGCUUAUCCCAUACGCGCGAUCUCGAGCCCAGUUCUUCGGCUCGCCGGCAGUUCAAGAUGGCAGACGAACCAACGAACUUCGACGACGAAUUUUACAAGAAUUUGCUGUUAGAAGAAACCAAAAAGUUAAAAAAUGUGUCUCUUGAUAGUGUUGAAUUUGUGCCUAAGCCUGGGUAUGUUAUGAAAUUGCGAAACAAAAAAGAAGAAAAGGUGUUUAUUAAUAUUUGCACUUCGGAGAAAGUUCCUGAAGCGAAAGAUGUCAGCGAUGAGGAGCUGGUGAAAGUUUUGGAGUCUGUAGAUCCUACCCAGUAUCGUGUACCUAUGAGCCUUGGAGAGCCUCAUGUAGAAGUUGAUAAUCGUGGUCAAGGUUGCACAGCAUACGAUGUAGUCAUUAAUCCAACAUUUUACAACAAAAUACAAAAUAGUGAACUCUUCAAAAGCUUCUUCCUCACCAUUGUUUUUGAGGGACUAGAAAGUAAAUAUGACACUGAAUUAGAAAGAAACUGGACUGUACUUAAGAAAAAAAAGUGUAUGGGUGUUCUACAACCUCAUUUCAUAAGAAGCAAAAGUAAACCUGUGAUAAUGGAAAUGGAUGAUGAAAACACGUCAACCACAAAAGAAGCCAUGUUGAAAGAAACUAAAAAGAUAGAAGAAGUGGACUCUAAAUCAGAGGUCGUUACACCACAAUAUCAUAUAAUAAGGGAGCCACCAGAUGGAAGGCCAGAAUUUCUGGUCAUUGAAAUUGAUCUCCCAGGCAUAAAAUCAACAAAGGAUACAACACUAGACAUCGGUGAAGACCGAUUAGUCCUCAACGUUAAUCCUGACAAGUAUCACCUUGAUCUCAACUUAGCUUUUGAUGUCAAUAAAGAGACUUGUGGUGCACAGUAUAACAGGAAAACAAAGGUUCUCACUCUAACUUUGCCUGUUCUCAAAAGUAGCUGACAAGAUUUCUAGUGAUAAUUAUAUUAUUAUUUCAAGGAAUAUUAUUAACUUAAAACUGUACCAUUAGUCUGAGAACAGAUUCAGGUCAGACCAGUUUGUAAAAUUGUUUUCCCACAAAGCUUUUUCUUGUCCACAGCUCCUCUAUUUUUUCAAGGUGUACUUUGUUACAGAGGGGCUUACAUGCAAGUCUUGAGCUUUUGCAAUAUUAAUGGGUCUAUAAGUUUUUCAUGAUUCAUACUUAUACAUACGGGCUAUAAUCAGAUUUCACCAAGAGUUCAGUACUGCCGGUUCAGGUUCUCACAUUUUAAUUGGAACACUUUGGCUGUUUUGAGUGUGUAGGGUUACCAACCAACAGUGUCAUAUGACAGUAAUCAAGAAACAAUGAGAUAUCAUCAUCUUUUUAUUCACUUUCCAGUGAGUAUGCACAGUAUAAAAAUUUUGAGUUGUCUUUAAAAAUUUUUUCUCGAUCUUUCUUCUGUUAAAAAUAUUUAUUUACACUUUGAUAUGUUAAGGUAAUUAUAUGAAUCCUAGUGCAUUACUAGGGAUUUACAGUACAAGUAAUAUUUAACAAUUUCUAAAAAUUGCACAAGCCUUUAGGUUGGAUGGGGGGAGGGGGGCAAUUUGAAAGAAUUUUCAAAUAUCAUGAGUCGUGUAAAUCCUUAAUUACUCGAACUUUCCUACGAUUACUCAUUCAUUAUAUAACUGAGAAAAUUAUGAACAUGUGCACAUGUUAAUUUGCAAUGCAGUGCAAAUUUAAAGUUAAUGAUAAAUUGGUCUGCUCUCAGCCAAUCACAAUGAAGUAAUUUUCUGAGUCAUAUAAUAAACAACAGUAUAGCGCUAUAAAGCAGACAAGAUCAGCUACUAUACACUGAUAUUAACAGGACAGUUGUACAUGAGCACAGCAUGGAGUGUCCAGGCUCAUGACAUUAUCUCUCCCUACUGAAAACUAUACAUUUCUUUUAAUGUUACUUCUGAGAAUAUGGUUGCACAUCAGUACAAAAUCUCCUGGCUGAUCAUUUCUUUUUUUUAUUACCUGUCUGCUUGUCAGUGUAUUGAUUUUGUAAAGAGAAUUUAAAAGUUGAUCUUCCUUGAUGACUGAAGUAUUUUUAAAAAUCUCUUUAGAGUGGAGACAUUUUUAUCAUGAGCAAGACUGAGUACACUUUUCAGAAAAUUCGACCUUCAAAUGAAACAAGUAAAUUAAAUAAAUUCCUUCAAUUCUAUCGCA